AUGAAUUUGAAACAGCUCCGUGAAGAGGCUUCGAGUAGUGGAGUUACUGCUGCUGGAAGUAAGGAGCUUCUGGAGAGGCUCUGUGCUGGAGUUGCCAACGAUUUUAAAAACAAUGGCGAAGAUGAUAUCAAAGAUAGUAAUGCGCACUUCCAUGCGCUGCAGAAAGUGAAGACCAUUGAUGACAUGCGAAGAAUGAGUAUAAAGCAGCUUCAAGAAGAAUCUGGCGCACGAGGACUUACUGUCGUUGGCACGAAGGAGCUGCUGGAGAGAUUGUGUGGUGAUAACUGCAAUGUCUCAAAUGACAAUGAUACUGUAUCCAAUUCCUCCGUUGAUGUCCUUUGUGCGGUGCUGGAGUUCUCCCGCCAUAGCAGUCUCCGUCGCAGAUGUGACGAUCUCAGUCCCCCCGCCGCCACCAAUGGAGCAUCCCAGUCACUGACCGUCUCCGUCGUCAGCCGAGAAUUUCGAGCGCCCUGCUCGACAUCGGCAUGGCCAGUUUAUCCUACUUCUCAACACCAACGCAUCCUCCAUCUCCGGCGUCGCCGCCGUCGGCGUAGUUGCCUUCUCCCGGAGUUGAGAUCUCUCACCACAUCGCCUCCACUUUCCAUGUUCUCGAAGUGGCCGGAGAGUUUACAGUAA